AUGACUACAAUUAUUAAGUUUCCCUCAUCUAGUACUUAUAACAAAACUUUAGAACAAGCAGAAUAUCGUAUUUAUGUUAAAGGCGCAUCUGAGAUUGUUUUUGAUAGUUGUACACAUUAUGCUGAUGCUGAAGGUCGAGUGCAUAAAUUGGGCGAUAAAUCUAGACAACAAUUCAAAGACAUAAUUUUAGAAUAUGCAGAAAAUACUUUGCACACAAUUUGCAUGGGAUAUCGUGAUAUAACUAACAGUGAAUUUGAACAUAUUAGUGAUGAAAAAGCACCUAUUAAUGAUCUCAUCUGUUUAGGUAUAAUUGGUAUUGAGAAUCCUCUGCGUCCUGGUGUUACAGAAUCUGUUAAAGUUUUUAAAAAGGCUGGUGUUUGUGUAAGAAUGAUUACUGGUGAUAACUUAGAAACAGCAAAAGCAAUUGCAAAAAAACGCCG